UUCUUUUGACACAGUCUUGUGGUUCUAAAAUGAGGAGCUAAAUUAUAUUUUAUUCCUGUUGUAACUUAUUUUAAGUUUGUGCAUGACCUGUUCUACAACGUGCUGUAUUCCUUUUCAAAAGUAAUACAUUAAUCAUCAAGAAACUACACCAAGCACUGCUCUAGAAGUGUACAAAUGGUAUUAUAAGCGUAUUUAUUUACGUAAACAAAUCAACUCCACCACCUUGUGCCGAAAGUACUUCCGUGCUGGGGAAAAGGCAAAUGAUUUACAUUUUAAUUAAACAUGCGAAAUCGGUCAUCGAUUGAGGUAGCUGAACUGUUUUUGGUUAUAUCGUUUCGAAAAUAUACCUCAACACCCUUCGAUUCAACGAGUUAAAUAAUGUUCCGUAAAGUUUGCACUGCCAUCAACACACGUUGCAUUUUAAUGCGAUCGUUCAGUGUUUGCGAACUGUCCAAGGAACACCAGGAAGUACAGCAACUAUGUCGUCAAUUUAGCGAGCGGGAAUUAAAACCGGCAGCAAGCACCGUUGACCGUAGCGGUGCCUUUCCCAAAGAGCAUAUUGCCAAGCUGGCGCAGUUAGGAAUGAUGCGAGUUACCGUAUCUCCCAGUUACGGUGGUUCUGGUUUAGAUAUGCUUUCGUUAUCGCUCGUGGUGGAAGAGCUGUCGAAAGGGUGCGGAAGCACCGGUUCGAUAGUGUCUAUUCACAACUGUCUGUACGCCAACCUGUUGCAUCGGUUGGGCACAGAUGAACAGCGAGAAAGAUUUUUUAACAAAUAUGAUAAUCAUACCAUUGGAGCUUUCGCACUCAGCGAGGCUGGUGCUGGUUCAGACGUAGCCGCAAUGACGACUACGGCUACCCAGGAUGGUGAUGGGAGUUGGAUAUUAAAUGGCACGAAGGGAUGGGUAACAUCGGGCAUAGAAGCCGUCGCUGGGAUUAUAUUCGCCACUGUGGAUCCAUCGCUGAAGUACAAAGGCAUUACUGCAUUUUUGGUCGAUUUUGACGGAGGCCACUUAGCUGGACUGCAUCGGGGUCGUCCGGAAGAUAAAUUGGGCAUCCGUGGUACAUCAACGUGCGAUUUAAUACUUGAAAAUGUACGCGUUCCAGCCGCAAACGUGCUUGGUACUGUUGGUGGCGGCAUGCGUAUUGCAAUGGAGCAACUCGAUCGGGCAAGGAUAGGCAUAGCUUCACAAGCCCUUGGAAUCAGCCAAGCCGCACUCGAAACGGCUAUAGAGUACGCUAAACAGCGUACCGCAUUUGGUGGCACUCUGAUCGAUCUGCCUGCCGUUCGUACAAGAAUAGCUGAAAUAGCAACACGAAUCGAAACGACACGCCUGUUGGUGCGUAAAGCGGCCGGCGAAGUGGAUCGUGGACUGCGAGCAACCAAGGCUUGUUCGAUGGCAAAAUGGGUAGCCGGUGAAACGGCAACGUAUGCGGCUCAUGGAUGUCAGCAAAUUUUGGGCGGUAUGGGAUACGUUAAAGAUCAUCCGGCCGAGCGUUAUUAUCGGGAUUCCCGCAUUACUGAAAUAUACGGCGGUGUAACCGACGUGCAAAAGUCGAUUGUAGCGGACCAAGUAAUCAAGGAACUGGAAUGAUGAUCUAGUCGGGUGUACAGAACUGACACAAUUUAAUUGUGUUGUUUCAAUAUCUUUUCCAUUUUGUGGUUAACGGUGAAAGUCUGAAAGACUAUGAGUUGUAUUUUUUGGAAUAUUUUUACAUUCAAGCUAAAAGCACAAAUAUAUUAAAACUGAUCAAACAGAA